AUGUCGAUCAAGAAUGAGAAGAAGAUGAUUCCGGGCGAUGGUCAGCCCGACAUGACCGACCAGGAGCAGCAGAUCUACGAAGCAGGUGUCCAAAAGUUCAACAAGCUAGGAUGGAAGCGCUUGACAAUCGUCCUGAUUGUGGAGGCUGUGGCCCUCGGAUCUCUUUCUAUCCCAUCUACGUUUGCAACCCUAGGCAUGGUGGCAGGUGUCAUCUGCUGCGUGGGUCUCGGCCUCGUCGCUGUCUACACUAGCUACAUCAUCGGCCAGGUUAAAGUCAAGUACCCUCACAUCACAGACUACCCCGAAGCCGGGAGAAUGAUGUUCGGCCGAUGGGGAUAUGAAAUCGUCUUCGUGAUGCUGUGUUUGGAGCUGCUGCUGUCGGCUGGAUCUCACUGUCUCACUGGAUCGAUCGCAUUCGUCAACAUCACAGGAAGCAACAUCUGUACUGUGAUUUUCGGCUUCGUGUCCGCUGUCAUUUUGCUGCUGUUUGCUAUCCCACCGAGUUUCUCCGACAUGGCUAUUCUAGGCUAUAUCGACUUUGCCUCUAUUAUCAUUGCCAUCGGAAUUACCAUUAUCGGAACUGGCGUGGAGGCUAGCCAGUCCACUGGCGUCGCAGCGGUCAAUUGGUCAGCUUGGCCAAAGGACAACCUGACCUUCUCAGAGGCGUUCAUCGCUCUUUCCAACAUUAUUUUCGCCUACAGUUUCGCCCUCUGCCAAUUUUCUUUCAUGGAUGAAAUGCACACUCCUACUGACUUCCCCAAGUCCGUGUGGGCGCUGGGUCUGACUGAAAUCUUCAUCUACACUGUGACUGGCGCACUGGUGUAUGCUUUCGUCGGUCAGGAUGUCCAGAGCCCUGCCCUGCUGUCUGCCGGUAGUCUACUCAGCCGAAUUGCGUUCGGAAUCGCCCUGCCAGUGAUCUUCAUCAGUGGUUCUAUCAACACGGUAGUGUUGGGUCGACUUGUCCACGGCCGAAUGUUCAAGAACUCCAAUAUCCGCUUCAUCAACACCAAGAUGGGCUGGAUCACCUGGCUGGCCUUGAUCACAUGUCUUACGGUCCUUGAAUUUGUUGUUGCUGAGGUCAUUCCAUUCUUCGACGAUCUCCUCUCGCUCAUCUCAUCGCUCUUCAUCUCCGGUUUCACCUUCUAUUUCCCGGCCAUCAUGUGGUUCAUGUUCAUCCGCCAGGACAGCUCGUCGACCGGUAAGACCAUCCUUCUCGGUGUGGUCAACGCCAUAAUCUUGAUCAUUGGUCUGAUUGUUCUCGGUGCUGGAACGUACUCGAGUAUCUUCGAUAUUAUCAAGUCAUAUGAUGAGGGCACCGUCGGCGGAGUGUUCUCGUGCAGCUCCUAA